CUUAACUCUUAGCCCCUGCACAGCUCCGAACGCGGCCGAGCAGAAGAGAUCGUCAGUGAAUGUGUCUGUGGCACCAUUUAGCUAAAACACAAACUACGGCUAAAGAAGAGAGGACCAAACCACGGAGCAGUUCCAGACGACCACGGCACACCCUGGACUAUGAUAAAACCCACCCUCGGGCCGGUAACGGUGCGCUGUUUCUCAACGUCGAGCGGGUUGUUGCACAUCUGUAGAUCAUAAUGAAGGCAUCCGCUAUUCUUCACGGCGGUUUUUCCUCCGAGGUUUAGUUAGACGCGGGGUGACACUAAAUAUAAAUGUGUCGGUUUUAGACCUCCUCUCAAGGAAGCCGCUCGCCGAGGGUGAACGCACCCUUAGUUUAGACAUUUAACACAAAGUCAUCCACGGAGAACAGUGAAGUCAUUUGAGAAGCCUCGGCAGAAGGAGACACGUCUUAAUCAUCCCUGAUAGUUUUACACAAUUCAGCUCUGCGAGGAAAAAUCGGUGCUUUCCUUCGAGCCGCGACCGUCAGAUCCCCCCUGCAGCUUUCUGGCUUGUUUUGUGACUCUUGCAUGGUUUUGUCUUUCUGAGCCUACAUCGCCGAGCCUUCCUGUGGGCAUUUCCCCCCUUUCCCAGUAAAGGAUGCCGGAUCAAAUAUCGGUGUCCGAGUUUCUCUCGGAGACGACAGAGGAUUACAAUUCCCCGACAACAUCCAGCUUCACCACCCGCAUGCAGAGCUGCAGGAAUACAGUGAACGUGCUGGAGGAGGCGUUGGACCAAGAUCGAACAUCUCUGCAGAAAGUGAAGAAGUCAGUGAAGGCCAUCUACAGUUCAGGUCAAGAUCACGUUCAGAAUGAAGAGAAUUAUGCCCAAGCUCUGGACAAGUUUGGGAGCAACUUCAUCAGCCGGGACAACCCUGACCUGGGUACAGCCUUUGUUAAGUUCUCCUCCCUCACCAAGGAGCUGUCUGCCCUACUGAAGAACCUGCUCCAGAGCCUCAGCCACAAUGUGAUCUUCACCCUAGAUUCGCUGCUUAAGGGGGAUUUGAAAGGCGUGAAAGGGGACAUAAAGAAGCCCUUUGACAAAGCGUGGAAGGACUACGAGGCCAAGUUUACAAAGAUAGAGAAGGAGAAGCGAGAGCACGCCAAGCAGCACGGGAUGAUCCGCACCGAGAUCACUGGGGCCGAGAUCGCUGAGGAGAUGGAGAAGGAACGACGCUUGUUUCAGCUCCAGAUGUGUGAGUACCUGAUCAAAGUAAAUGAGAUCAAGACCAAGAAAGGAGUGGACCUCCUGCAGAACCUGAUUAAGUAUUACCACGCACAGUGCAAUUUCUUCCAAGAUGGCUUGAAGACAGCAGAUAAGCUGAAACAGUACAUUGAGAAGCUGGCAGCGGAUCUUUACAAUAUAAAACAAACUCAGGAUGAGGAAAAGAAGCAGCUUACUGCUUUGCGUGAUUUGAUCAAGUCCUCGCUCCAGCUGGACCAGAAAGAGGACUCGCAGAGUAAACAAGGUGGCUACAGCAUGCACCAGCUUCAGGGAAACAAGGAGUUUGGCAGUGAGAAGAAAGGCUACUUGUCAAAGAAAAGCGAUGGGCUGAGGAAGGUGUGGCAGAGGAGACAGUGCUCUGUGAAGGGAGGCAUCCUCACCAUCUCUCACGCAACAUCCAAUCGACAACCGGUGAAACUCAACCUGCUCACCUGCCAGGUGAAGCCCAGUGCCGAGGACAGGAAAUGCUUUGAUCUAAUUUCUCAUAACCGGACGUAUCACUUCCAAGCUGAGGACGAACAAGAGUUUGUGGCAUGGAUCUCGGUGCUGACCAACAGCAAAGAAGAGGCAUUAAACAUGGCGUUUCGUGGCGAGCCGAGUAGCGGAGGGGAGGACGGAUUAGAGGACUUGACUAAAGCCAUCAUAGAGGACGUGCUGCGCAUGCCGGGCAACGAGGUCUGCUGCGACUGCGGCGCUGCAGAGCCUAAGUGGCUUUCCACCAACCUGGGAAUCCUCACCUGCAUCGAAUGCUCUGGGAUCCACAGAGAGAUGGGCGUCCACAUUUCUCGCAUCCAAUCCAUGGAGCUGGACAAGUUAGGAACCUCAGAACUCUUGCUGGCCAAGAAUGUAGGGAACAGUAGUUUCAAUGAGAUCAUGGAGGCGAACCUCCCCUCUCCUUCACCAAAGCCCAACCCCUGCAGUGAUAUGACGGUGAGGAAGGAGUUCAUCAACGCUAAGUAUGUGGACCACAAGUAUGCGAAGAAGACGUGCAUGUCAGCAGCUGCCAAGAUGAUCGAGCUGUUUGAGGCGGUCCAGUCCCGGGACCUGCUGGCUCUCAUUCAGGUCUACGCUGAGGGGGUGGAGCUUAUGGAGCCGCUUCCAGAGACGGGGCCGGAAUCUGGAGAGACAGCACUGCACUACGCCGUACGGACAUCCGAUCAGACCUCGCUGCAUUUGGUGGACUUCCUUGUGCAGAACAGUGGUAACCUGGAUAAGCAGACGGAGUGGGGGAACACCGCCCUGCAUUACUGCUGCAUGUACGAGAAGCCCGAGUGCCUCAAGUUGCUACUGAGGGGCAAACCGGCCACAGACAUCACCAAUCAGAAUGGAGAGACGGCUCUGGAUGUUGCCAGGCGACUGAGGAACAGUCAGUGUGAGGAGGCACUUGUCCAGGCUGCAGAGGGGAAGUUCAACCCUCACAUCCAUGUGGAGUAUGAGUGGAGCCUCCGCCUGGAGGAGAUGGACGAGAGUGAUGACGACCUGGAUGAUAAGCCCAGUCCCAUCAAGAAGGACCGCUCUCCGAGGCCGCAGAGCUUCUGCCACUCCUCUAGCCUCUCCCCCCAUGACAAGCUCUCCCUGCCGGGCUUCAUCAGCCAGCGGGACAAGCAGCAGCGUCUCUCCUACAGCGCCUUCACCAACCAGAUGUACAGCGCCUCCACCGACCUCAGCUCCUCGCCGGUGGCCGACGGGCCGCCGCUGCCGCCCAGGAACCAGGGCAAAGCUCCACACUUGGCAUUCCUUGGCUCUCAUUCGCACUACGCCACUCUGGCUGGCACCCGACCAUACAUCACUCCUCCCCCAUCCGGCCCUCCCUCCACACUCACACCAGGAGGCAGCUCCACCCUGUCCAAGAAGAGACCUCCACCCCCCCCUCCUGGACACAAACGCACCCUGUCCGACCCGCCCAGCCCGCUCUCUCACAGUCCGCACAGUAAAGGGGGAUUAACCGGGGGGAGCGACUCCACCCCUCCUCCGGUCACUAAGAUGUCUCCUGUUUCCAACAAGUUUGAAGGGAUUCCUCAGCAGCAAAGCACUACUUCAAGCAACACAAAGUCUACACUUGGUCCAAGGGUUCUUCCCAAACUACCUCAGAAAGUGGCGUUGCGUAAGAUCGACACCAUACACCAUCCGUCUGUGGAUAAGCCCAGCCUUCCUCCAGAGGUCUUCCAGAAGUCCCCUCCAUCAACUGAAACCAUUCAUAAAGCUCCUCUGGGGGACCGGCCUCAGCCGGGUGAGCUGCCCCCCAAACCGCAGGUGUCUGAACUCCCCCCAAAACCAGGAGAACUUCCUCCGAAGCCGCAGCUCUCCGACCUCCCUCCUAAACCUCAGCUGGGAGACCUGCCGCCUAAACCGCAGCUCAAAGACCUCCCUCCCAAACCCCACCUUGCUGACAUCCCCCCCAAACCAGGGACUGUAGAGCCCACUUCGAGGCCGGCGCCUGGAGAGUCCGCACAGAGGCCACAAACACAGCCUCCACCUCCGCCUACACCUACACCUCCAGCUCAGCCUCAGCCACAAGACUCCCCAUCACCUAAUCAGCAGGCAAAUAUAGCAGCUCCAUCCCAGCAAUCUGCCGAGGACACCAACGGGACCCCGCCAGGGACCGCUGAGACCCCUGUCCCCCUCCCAAGGAAGAUCAACACAGGGAAGAAUAAAACCCGUCGGGUGAAGACGAUCUACGACUGCCAGGCGGAUAACGAUGACGAGCUGACGUUUGUGGAAGGAGAGGUGAUCAUAGUUACAGGAGAGGAGGACCAGGAGUGGUGGAUCGGACACAUCGAAGGAGAUCCGGACAGAAAAGGGGUGUUCCCCAUGUCUUUUGUGCACAUUUUAAGUGACUGACAGUCAGACAGACAGACUUGCACUACCUUUAAACCAUGUAAAUACCUAUUAAACAGUAAUACAACCCCUGAUCACAUGACAGGUGAAAAAGAAAAAUAAACAGAAUAACGAAUCAAGAAAACUCCUCUAGACCUGGAUGCCACAUCCAUGCUGUACAAAGAAUGUGUGUAUUCUUCCUCUACCAGUAUUAUCUUAACCGUAUAGCAUGGCUGAGACAGAGCCACUCUCAAAGCCUCUAGCACUUACCUUCAAAAGUCUAUGUUGAUGCUGUUCCUGUGUACAUAUAUAUAUGUAUGUAAAUAGAUAUAUUUGUGUGUGAGUGUAUAUACAUGUUUUAUUGUACAAAACAUGUGCCGUUGCUCUCUGCCUGUUGGAUGAAGCAUCAGGUCAGCAGAGUCUGGAUUUUAUCGGUGUUCAUUUAGCGGCCGGUGAGUAAAAAAACAGGACAAAUAUGAAAUGGAAUGUGAAAUAGGUCAUUAUUUGUGUCUGGCAUUCCUGUUUAUCCCCACAGCUGACCGGAGAGGCGGAUCGGACCCCCCCACGCCCCCUCCAUGAAACGUUCUCCGUUUCUUGCUUGCUUUGUGUGUACUCUGGUUGUUUUUACCGUACAGAAACCUGCUGCUACUGUGUGGUGGAACAUCAAAGCCUGUGGUUCACUGUAGGUCACUAAUUUACUCCUUGUUACACUGUUCACUGUGUGUGUGUGCGUGCGUGUGUGUGUGUGUGAACUCAACGCCAUCUCAGCAGCCCUUUUUUCUGUGCAUGGUGUAACGACUGGAAACGAGUGGAGUGCUGCGUUCAAACACCUCAGGGUUUGAAGAGCCACUAUUGAUAUUAAAAGAAAUGUAUCCUGUAGUUUAAGCCACUAUCAUCCACAAGUACGGGAACCUGAAGAGGACAUCUUAGCAAUAACUUGAUUUUCCCACAGGCUAGGAAAUUUCACAACCUGUGUUCACAGUUCAGUGUCUUGUAAACCCUCAUGAGCUUGAAUUUUUAUUUUUUAACUUUGAUUUGUGUAAUUUCAUUCCAUGUGACUGGAUUCAGAACCUUUCCAGGUUGCCUGUAAACCAGAAAUGUCUCUCAGAUGAAGGUUGGAGACUAUGUGUUUUCACCCAGUCCUCAGACUUGCAGUUCUUCCCAUGUUUAAGGAACAAACCCAUUGUAUCAAUAAAAAGGAAAAUGCUGCACUUAAA